AUGGAAAACGAAGGGAGCGCAGGAACGGGAAGCAGUCCUCGUUGGAACCCAACGAAAGAACAGAUAACGUUGCUUGAGAAUCUUUACAAGCAGGGGAUACGAACACCGAGCGCCGAUCAGAUACAGCAGAUCACCGGUAGGCUUCGAGCACACGGCCAUAUCGAGGGUAAAAACGUCUUUUACUGGUUCCAAAACCAUAAGGCUAGACAACGCCAAAAGCAGAAACAGGAUCGCAUCGCUUCCUUUAAUCGUCUCCUCCACAAAACCUCCCGUUUCUUCCACCCUAUUCCUUGCUCAAACGUGGGCUGCGUUAAUCCGUACUAUUUACAUCAAGUAAGAGAUCAUCAUGAUCAACAUGGAAGUGCAUACAGACAAGAUCUUCACAGUAGCAAAGUAAUGCUUCCAAUUGGUGGCUACGAGAAACGCACUACCAUAGAUCAUAAGAAACAUGUUUCAGACAUAACAACAACAACAGCUAGAAUGUCAAUGUCUUCGAGUUCACUCAGAUUUGACCGAUUUGCCCUUGGUAAUCACGGUUAUUUUAGCGAGGGCAUCAACGUCAAUACCAAUGGACUGAAGACGCUUCCGCUUUUUCCACUUCAGCCUCUGGAUGCGGCUAAUGACUCUGGUGUUGGAAAUUCCAGUUUUUCGCUUCUUCAUGAUUCUCCGGUGACUUAUUGUGGCGAUGAUGGCGGACGAGGGCAGCCGUUUAUUGACUUCUUCUCUAGUAGGUUCGAUAAUAGUGGAAACGGGCUGUAA